AUGAGUCUUUGCGACCGCUCCGACACACGCCACAGUUCACCCACACGCUCGCCGACAUCCACCGUGGAUGUUUGGUCGCUACGGACAUUUGAGAGCCCUGGCAUCAACAAGGAUCCCAUUGAAGGCAUCGACCAGGAUCCCAACGAAGGCGACGCAGCGGAGUCUCCUGGCCUCGACCCCAUCGAAGCGGAGCCGAGCUAUCCCCGGCGACUGCUGGCGCCCGAUCUCGUCGGGGAGUUCGAGGAUUUCGAGGCCAUCUUGGACGUUGACGGCUUCUUCAGGACUUGGCUUGCGGAUUGUGAGCCAAGGUCUGAGCCUGAAGGUCGGAGACAUUCCUGGCUGCAGCGCAAAGGCCAGUAUUUGGUGUUGCCGGCAGGGCCUUGCGAGCGCUCUGAUGGCAAAGGCAGCUUCGUGUGUGUCAUCUUUGUGCAGCUCGAGGAGGACGAGGAGUUUUGCUUGGUCAAGCGACUGCUGGGCAAAGGCGGCUGCAACAUGAAGGAAGUCGCCGAGAGCUUCGACGCGAGGCUGCGGCUCCGAGGCAUCGGCAGUGGAUUCCUGGAGAAUGGGCAAGAGGCACAGGUACCACUGGAGAUCCAAGUGUCCUGCGCAAGCUUUUGGAAUUACCUCAGCUCGGUGGCUUCGGUGGCCAUUCUCUUGGAGGAUCUUUACUUCCACUAUGGGCGGUACGCGCGGUCCAAGGGUCUGGAGGGGCCCAUGCUCAAGGUGAAGGUGAAAGAGCUCCGGCGCAGCGACCAUGGCUUGUAUGCGCCCAGCGGUCACUUCUGCCGCCCGGGCCCGGAGCCACCGGUCAGACCCGGCUCGGAAGCCGACGCAUUGCAACGAAGCGAAGGCCAAGCCGAGCGUCGGCGACAGCCGCGACGCAGCCCGGCCGGAGCAACACCGCUCUCGAGGCCCUGGGAAAACCCCAAGCGCAGUUGA